AUGGUCUCCGCCUAUGUGUGGGUCAUUAUCGGAGCUGGGGCACUGUUCGUGGCGUACAUCGCCUUCACGUUCAUCAAAAUGUACCUGGACGACCGAGAGCGGAGGCAGCGCGAGGCGGAGGGUGACGGCCCCUACAGCAGCAGCAGCGACAACGAGAACGGGUAUCUCGGACUCAGCGCAUUCCGUGACAGCAAAGGCAACGACGCUGGUGGGCUCGAAUUCGUGCGGGAAGGAACGGAAGGCGAUGGCGAGUGCCAAGAAGCAGGGGCAGAGAGCGUCACCCCAGGACGAGAGUAUAGCUGA